AUGGAGGUGGUGAGCACUUCCCAUGGCGCGUUGGGUCCCCUGCUGGGGAAGCUCACGGCUCUGCUCGCCGAUGAGUGUGGCCGUCUCAAAGGCGUCUGCCGUGAGAUUCGCUCGCUCAAAUCUGAGCUGACUAGCAUGCAAGCGGCGGUUCAGAAGUACUCCACGUUGCAAGAUCCCGAUGUCCAGGCGAAAGCAUGGAUAUCGCUGGUGAGGGAGCUUGCCUAUGACACCGAGGAUGUCAUCGACAAGUUCAUCCACCAGCUCGGUGAUGGCAGCCACCAAAGUCAGAGUGGCUUCAAGGAGUUCUUCCGCAAGACUAUUCGUGGUCUCAAGACGCUCGGGUCUCGCCGUGGAAUCGCCAGCCAAAUCGGCGACCUGAAGGUACGUGUCAAGGAGGUGAAAGAGCUCAAGAAUAGUUACAAGCUGGACGAUACUGCUCGUAUCACCGAUACUGCACGUAGCACCUAUGAGCAUUCAACCGUGGAUCCCCGGUUGUCUGCUCUUUUUGUAGAGGAGACACAUCUUGUGGGCAUUGAUGGUCCAAGAGACCAUCUCGUCACUUGGAUGAUGGAAGAAGAAAAUAGUUCGGCCAAGCAUCGCAGGGUGCUAUCUAUUGUUGAGUUCAGUGGGUUGGGAAAGACGGCAUUGGCAAAGGAAGUCUGUCACAAGAUCCAGGGGCAUUUUGAUUGUCAUGCUUUUGUCUGUCUCACAGCAGCCGAAUGUAAAGAAAUUAUGAAGGGUGUGAUCUCUCAAGUGCCUUGCGAGAAAGAUUUUAUAGAAGAUAACGACAUUUGGGAUGAAAAGAAAUUUAUUGGGAAGCUUAGAGAACUGUUACAAGAUAAGAGGUACCUCAUCGUUAUUGAUAAUAUAUGGUCUACAAAGGCAUGGGACACUAUUAAAUGUGCUUUCCCGGAGAAUAAAUUUUCUAGCAGAAUUAUAGCAACUACACGCAUCGUUGAUGUAGCAAGGUCGUGUUGUCUCGGUGGUAAUGACCGCAUGUAUGAAAUGGAAGCUCUAAGUGAUGUUCACUCCAAAAAAUUGUUUUUCAAGAGAACAUUUGGAUCUAAGGACAGUUGCCCGGAAGGGCUAAAACGAGUGUCAAAUGAAAUAUUGAAAAAAUGUGGAGGCCUACCACUAGCAAUCAUCAGUAUUUCAAGUUUAUUGGCAAACAAACCAUCCCUCAAAGACGAGUGGGAGAAGACCUGUUUAUUAUAUCUAAGUAUAUUUCCUGAAGAUUAUGUGAUUGAGAGAGAGACUUUGGUGAGACGCUGGAUAGCGGAGGGAUUUAUCUCUGAAGAGCGUGGACUUAGCAAACAAGAGGUCGCCGAGAACCACUUCUAUGAGCUAAUCAAUAAAAGCAUGGUCCAACCAGUGGACGUUGGCUAUGAUGAUAAUUUCAUCAGUGUGGUAGGCCACGGGCAAACUGAUUUGGUAAAUCGUGAAGGUUCUAUUCGUCGACUAUCAGUCCAACACAUUGAUAAGGAGCUUGUGUCUGUAUUGGAAAAUCAAGAUCUAAGCCAUGUCCGAUCCCUAAGAGUAAUAACAUCAAGUUGCAUCAAACACUUGCCUAGCCUUGUUAAGUUUGAAACUUUGCGUGUACUGGAUUUUGAAGGUUGUCAGGGUCUGGAAGAGUAUGAUAUGAAUGGUAUAGAUAAACUAUUCCAGCUAAAGUACUUGAGCCUUAGGGGAACUAAUGUGUCAGGGAUCCCCCCAGGAAUUGUGAGGCUUUAUAAUCUAGAGACGCUAGAUCUUAGAGAUAGUUAUUAUAUAGAAGAGUUGCCAUCCAGAAUUGUUCAGCUCACUAAACUACAAUAUCUACUCGUUACAAGAUUUCAUUUUCUUGGUGGUGGCCAUAUAAAGAUACCCGAUGGGAUUGGAAACAUGAGUAACCUGAGGAUUAUCACAGUCAUCAAUAUUACCAAGAGUUCAUUAGGUGCGGUGGCAGAGCUUGGGAACCUAACCAGUUUGAAUGAAUUGCAUCUACAGCUAGACUUUAUGGAUAAGAGGCACGAAGAGAUGUUACUCUUCUCACUAUGCAAGCUUGGCAGCUACAAACUCCAGUCUUUAUGGAUAGUUUCACCUGAUUCAACACCCCUCCAGUUUUUAGAUUCUUGGUCCCCUCUGCCAUCUUCCCUCCAGAGAUUUCGGAUGAACACUUACUACUAUUUACCGAAGAUUCCAAAAUGGAUCACACCAGCACUCGCCAGUCUGGCGUACCUAGACAUUAAUUUAGUAAAAAAAAUAGGGCCGCAAGCAGCUGCCAUAAGGAAUGAAGCAAAUGCCCACUCCAAUGAUCCGAGGCUAAUUAUCCUAGGAGAAAUGGAAGAGGGCGAGGAAGACAGUGACACCAGUGAGGAAGAGUUUGAGAAUGAGAAUGACACCAACGAGGAAGGGAGCUAG